AUGGGACUAAAGUACCGAACUUAUCUCAACGGGACUGGCAUAUUCUGUUGCAAAAAAUGCAAAACUCAUCUUUCAUCCACCGAUGCUAUUAUAUCUCGACAAUUUCAAGGGCAACAUGGCCAAGCGUACUUGAUAAAAUAUGUAGUCAAUGUCGACCAUGGUGAAUCGGAAGAGAGAAACAUGAUUACAGGAUUACAUACUGUCCGAGACAUCGCAUGCUCCAAAUGUAAAACCAUUGUCGGCUGGACCUAUGUAAAAGCGGUUGAAGAAAGUCAGAAAUACAAAGAAGGCAAAUUCAUAUUAGAAAAGGCUCUUCUG